GGUUAGCGGAGGUCGAAGGAAGGAUGCCUGUAAAGAGUGACCCUCCACGGAGGACGAGUGCCCUGUACGAGACCCAAAACAGCACACCACCCACCACCAACAACAACUGCGCACAGGAUAGAGAGAGCAGUCCGGAUGGCAGUUAUACAGAGGAACCGAGUUCUGAGGUCCAGAGUAAAGUCCAGCCCGAAACGGCGGAGUCUGGAGAUGAAUUUGAUGAUGCAGAUGAAGAAAUACUACCCACCAUCGGCACCUGCAAAGCCCUCUACCCGUUUGAAGGUGUUAAUGAAGGCACCAUCUCAGUAACGGAGGGUGAGCUCUUGUAUGUAAUAGAGGAAGACAAAGGUGACGGAUGGACGCGUGUUAGAAGAAACGAGGAAGAGGAGGGUUACGUCCCCUCAUCCUACGUCGAGGUCUUUCUGGACUCCAACGCCAAAGAUUCGUAAAGUAUGGAAGGAGGACUCAGUGGUGCAGGGCAAACAGCAGCCAUAUGUGCGGAAAACUACAGCCUACUCUCCAUGAACCACCCUAGAGUGAGACAGAUGAGAGACAGACACAAAACAAAGAGAGGAACAGAGGAAGAGGCUAUAGAGACCUCUCGGCCUAAAUUCUCCUGCUGUAGAGAGGAACUUUAACAGCGAAUCAGUGAAAUAUUAUGGCAUUUAGAUUUAUUACCUGUCUGUUAUUUUAUAAGGAGGUGAAUAUGAUCUGCAUAUAUCAUUUUGCUUUACGGCUCUUCAUCGCUGCUGAACGGCGCUAACGUUUCUUUCAGCCUGUGCGAGUGAGUGUAUGUAUGUGUCAGUUGUUCCGAUUUCCUCACCUUUCCUCAAACUAAAACCCUGGGAAUGUGGUCUGUAAAAUGAGCUGAAUUUUUGGUACCACAACAGUGCUGCGUUCCAUUCAUAUUCCUGCUAUAUAUAGCUUGAUGCUGGAAAGAUGAUGUAUACUACUGGUCAAAAGUUGGGAACAUUUAAGAUUUUUA